CGAAGGUCUCUUCUUGUAGAAGGUAAUUCGCCUUGAAUUUUGGGAUGAAAUAGGAUGCGGAUGUCAAGUGCGUUUUUAAACCCUAAAUUGAGUAAACGCAGGGGGGGGGGAGAAUUGAGAAACAGAGACAAAAAAGUAGGAGGGGUUCCGACGACGAAGACAGUGAGAAGUGAUAGUGAGUCGCCGAUUGUGAUGUCGGCGAGGAAGACGACUAUGGCUACUGGAGUUGCUAUUGACGACAGCACCGAGAUUGUUGGCGAAGAGGGCAGUGAAAUUACUGUAAAAUGCGUUUCUGGGAAGGGCAGUGUUUUGGGAAUUAGGGAGGCAGUUUUAGGAAUUCGAAGGUUGUGCAGAGAAGACAUCUUGGCUUCCAAGACAAACGUCAAAGCUAAUUGUUAUUGCAAUGUGUUGAGUGGGGUCGAGAAGCUACGGCGAACAUUGUCACAAUCCGAGUUGGAGGCUUUUGGAAACACGCCCUUCGGUCAUUUGCUUGAUGUUGACAAUCUUAGAUGGGUUAAUGGACAACUCCUAAUACUCUUAGCGUUGAACUACGUUGAACCUAUGGAGCCAGAUAGCGAUGCAAUAUCUUUCCACAUCCGUGAUAGGGUGGUCAGUUUUAAGAAAACUGAUUUUGCUCUGAUUACGGGUUUCAAAUUUGGAUGUCCAACUGAACAAGAGAGGGAGUACACUGGCACUUCAGAUAUCCGUAAGAGAUAUUUUGGGGGUAGAAGUGUUGUGACUCGUGAUGAAGUGUGGUUGGUCUUAGAGGGUCUACGGGACAACAAGAGAAAAAGAGAGAUGGAUGGCGUGAAAAUAGGAGUUCUUUACCUUCUGGGCAGCCACAUAGUUGGAAACCAACCCUCCAUGAAAUUGCCACCACUUUAUUUGCAUUUGGUAGAUGACUUGUCCCGUGUGAACGCGUAUCCCUGGGGCGAUGAGAUCUGGGACCUUUUGGUUGAAGACAUGGCAAAGUGUUCUUUGACUUUGAGGACAAGGCUAGAGAAAAGGGAAGUGUGUGAGAUGAUAGAGAGUCGGAGAGGCCAAUGGCCGCGUGCUUUACGAUGGGCAGCACCAACACUGACAAAUCACAUAGUGUUGGAGGAAGUGAUCUUCAGUAAUGAUAAUUUUGAAUGGAUUGGCAUGAAGGCAACUGCCUUGGAGAUUGGGAAAGAGAAUGUUAAGUGUCUCUUUUUAAAUACCCCAAUGAUUGAAGCAGAUGGAAGCCUUAAGGAGAUGGUUGCUGGUCUGGUGGCAGCAAAUGUGUUGGAUCGCAAAUUGCUUGUGAGCUUGCGUGGGAAAGAGGAAGGAAGUAAAAAGAGCAGACAACAUGCUGAAGAUGGUCCUAGCUUUGACCUAGGCAUUGAUCAUGGAGGUGAUGAGGGUUCAAUGGCAGAUCAAGAAGAAGGUAGUGAAGACAAUGUAAAUUUAGGUGCAUCUGAUUAUGAGAUAGAAAACCCUACCCAACUUAAUGACUUGGAUGACACGAUUAAUUCUGUUGAUACACAAAUUCUUUUGGAACGUCGUGCUGUCAUGGUGGAGAAUGAUGUGGAGAAGCAAAGUAGUGAAGACAGGGGACCUGGGGGAUCCGAUGUGCCUAUCGCUGUCUUAGGUGAAAAGAAGGGGGUUGUUGAUAAUGGCGGCAGUGUAGAAGGUAAUGGCAUGGGGUUGAAUCUGGAAUGGAACGGAGUCACAUCCACGCAGCUGAGGGAGUUAUGUAAUGGGGUGGGUUUUGAUGAUUGGCCAAUGGGUGAUCUGCAAGUUGUAGAAGCGGAUACGGUAGUCAAUGAAAGUCACAUAGAAAACGCAAACGAAGAAGAGAUCCAUUGCACGCAACUUGUGGUGAGUAGCGUUGCGCUUUGAAUAAUGUUUUCAUGUGUUGUGAAUAUCCUAUCAGAUACUAAUGUGUUGUAACAUAUUUGUUAAAUGUUGUGGAAGGAACACAACCCCGGGGGGCAUGGUGAUGCAU